UCAUUACACCGUGCCCGUACUCAAUGCAUUAUUCAACGAUGUUAUGUUAUAAAAUACAUUUUAAUCCAAGAAUCCACUAGUUGAUCAAGUGAUGUCCAUCUAACAUCUAACGAGUGUGUCAGUUUUAACCUAUCGGUCACUAGAAAAUUUAGUUUAUAAAUUUAUGUUUUAUAGCCAUCUAUUGUUAACCAAAUUGACAUUUAAAUUUCUCCGGUCAUUGCGAUGUUUAAAUGGUCAGGUUGAGGGUCUUUCUCUCUCUCUCUGCGAAAGUCAAGAUCGCGUAGUUCUAUUACGGUCAAUGAUCAACAACUGGUUCCCAUUAGCACGUCCUUUCACCGCAGGUGGCUGAGUUUUUUAAUGAUUCGAGUACGACAGUGAUAGCGAAUCAAAGAAAAAUUACUUUUGAGGAUAAAUAGAGGAUUUUUACGAAGAAUUUUUUAUUAAGUAAUUUCUUGAUAAAUAAAUCUAAAAAUGAAGUUAGAAGGAAAUAGUUCGAGGGACGAUGACGCCAAUGGAAUCCUGAUGCAACCAAGAAAGGGCUCGGUUGUAAGGGUUCAAAUUGUACCGAUUCAACCAAAAACAAUCACACAUUUGCCAAAAAGGCCACCUGUUGACUUAGCAUUUACGGAUUUAACUUACAAAGUUCGGGAAGGACGUAAAGGAAAUGAGAAGACUAUUCUCAAAUCUGUAAGUGGAAGAUUGAGAUCCGGCGAACUUACGGCAAUUAUGGGACCGUCUGGCGCUGGAAAAUCUACUUUACUUAACAUUCUUACCGGAUACAAAUCAUCAGGAAUGGAAGGCAGUAUAACGAUGAACGGCCAUGAGAGAAAUUUGAGUAGUUUCAGAAAAUUAUCCGCGUAUAUCAUGCAAGAUAAUCAAUUACAUGGUAAUCUUACCGUUGAAGAAGCAAUGAAAGUCGCCGCUAGUUUGAAAUUGAGCAACAAAGUCGACAAAGCUGAAAAAGAAGAAGUCAUCCAAGAAAUCCUUGAAACACUGGGAUUGGCGGAGCACCGUCGCACAAUGACCUCGAACUUGAGUGGAGGUCAGAAAAAACGAUUAUCGAUAGCAUUGGAGCUGGUAAACAACCCCCCGGUAAUGUUUUUCGAUGAGCCAACGAGUGGAUUAGAUUCAUCGUCGUGUUUCCAAUGUAUUUCAUUACUGAAAACACUCGCUCGAGGUGGAAGGACGAUAAUAUGCACAAUCCAUCAGCCAAGUGCCAGAUUAUUUGAAAUGUUUGACGCGUUGUAUACUCUAGCAGACGGCAAAUGUGUUUAUCAAGGUUCUACGUCGCAGUUGGUGCCAUUUUUGCGUUAUCAGGGACUCAAUUGCCCGAGCUACCACAAUCCGGCGUCCUUCAUAAUCGAAGUAUCCUGCGGUGAAUAUGGAGACAAUAUUUCAACGAUGGUCAACGCGAUUAGAAACGGAAAGAAUGACAUCCGUGACGGAUUUCCGUUCCCUGACUCAAAAUCCGACAACCUUAACAACGCACUUCAAAACGGCCUCAAGGACGAAAAAUCGGCCUUGGGAGUGCACGAGAUGAUUCCCAUGAUCGACAAAAACGACGCCAGCAACAUCAAAGACAAGUUCGCGGAUAGCAAGGAUAACCUUCACUUGAACGACAAUCACACCAAUAGCACAGUAAUCCCUAAGUACGUGACCAAUGAGAUUGCCAAGCAUGGUGACAACCUGGUGAUCACCGUCGAGGACAAGAAAGACAACAUUGAUGUAAAUACGUCUUUGUUGGACGAAACAAUGGUUCUCACUCCAGAAAGAUACCCUACCUCAGAGCUGACGCAGUUUUGGGUUGUUCUAAAACGCACACUGCUGUUCAGUCGUCGGGACUGGACGCUUAUGUACCUCCGUCUCUUCGCUCACAUCCUGGUGGGACUUCUUAUCGGCGCGCUUUACUAUGAUAUCGGAAACGAUGGUGGUAAAGUCCUCAGCAACUUAGGAUUCCUGUUCUUCAACAUGUUGUUCCUGAUGUACACUUCGAUGACUAUCACGAUAUUGUCGUUUCCACUAGAGAUGCCGGUUCUGAUGAAAGAGAACUUUAACCGGUGGUACUCGCUUAAGUCUUACUACUUAGCUAUUACUAUUUCGGAUCUUCCAUUCCAGACAAUUUUCUGCGUGAUGUACCUAUGUAUCGUCUACUUCCUAACGAGUCAACCAGUGGACGCGAUGAGGUUCAGCAUGUUCGUAGGCGCUUGUUUGUUGAUUUCAUACGUUGCACAAUCAGUAGGACUAGUAGUGGGCGCUGCGAUGAAUGUCCAGAACGGCGUGUUCUUGGCGCCAGUGAUGUCAGUUCCGUUCCUGCUAUUCUCCGGGUUCUUCGUCAGCUUCGACGCCAUUCCUGUCUAUCUUAGGUGGAUCACGUACUUGAGUUACAUCAGAUACGGGUUCGAAGGAACUGCGCUUGCUACUUAUGGAUUCGCACGGUCCAAGCUUAAAUGUUUCCAGCCAUAUUGUCACUUCAAAGAACCAACGACGACGUUAGAAGAACUGGAUAUGCUCGACGCAGAUUUCACACUCGACAUCCUUGCUCUUAUUUUGAUAUUCCUGCUACUAAGAAUCGCGGCCUACUUGUUUUUGCGCUGGAAACUUAAGGCUGCUCGAUAAGAAUAAUUUUUUAAAAAUUAAUAAUGAACGCUUCGUACAAUAUUAAAAAAAAUACCGAAUUUUAGUGACUGUUUUUUUUUUCUUUUUUUUUUUUUUUUUUUUUUUUUAAAAAAAGAUUACGAAAAUAAAAAAUAUUGCCUGAAGCUCUUCAACGUGUAAAAUUAUCUAUUGUAAUUAUUUAUUUACUAACUAAGUCUAAGAAAUUUUAAACUUAUGUAAAUUUCUUGUGCAAUUUUUCCUUUUUUAAUCGGUCACUAAUUCGCUGACGGCUGUGAGCUUUAAGUAACUUAAAAACAAAUAAUUGGAGAUAAUUUGAACAAAGAAAAUUAAAUAUUAAAUUAUUAUCUGAAAAAUUAUAAAAAUAAUUUUUAUUGAGGAAAAAUGCUUGAAAUAGUUAAAGAUAUACGAGCUUAUCUUGCCAGAUAGUCGUCGUAAAUUAUAAAUAAAUAUACUAAUAUUAAUUGUUCAAUGACAAUAUUAUUGAAAUAACUCAACCAAAUACCGUCGCAAUGGAUUGAAUGCUAAGUUGAUUGAGAGUUUUGUGAUGAGGGAAUACUCUUGGUGCCUUUAAAAACUUUAUAAAAAACGGCGAUAAUUACAUAAUUUUUCUAAUUAAUUAAUUAGAAUUAUUCUUCAUGUAGUUUGUAUAGAAGAUUGAUUAAUAAUUGAUAAGAUAUAUUAAUAUGUCUGAUCGACGUUAAUGAUCAUUGUAUUUUAUAUAAAAAAUGUUUGUUAUAAAAUAAAUAAUUUUUUUUUCUUAAAA